UGCUGUCAUGCGGGCAAGGUGGCUCUUCGAACAUUUCCAAAAUAAAAUCACAUCUAAAAAAAUCUAAAACUAAAAAUUCAGUGCAUUUCUUGUGAUUAAAUCAUGUGAAGUGAGAAACACAAUUUUUUAAAAAUUUAUUUCAGCACCGAGCACCAAUCAACUUAAUUCAAUACUAAAUCGAACAAAUAUUGACUUUAACGCAACAAAUUAAAAUCGAAACUUAAUUCAAUUUUUUCGUAUAAAACCGAAUGUGAAUUUUCAAACCGAAACUUGAAAAGUAACAAAAAAGUUAAGAGUGUGAUAUCUGAAAUUGAUCGAAGAUUCCUGAUCGUAGAAUCUUCGACGGUCUUCUGAACCCAGGGCGUCCGCCAGUCUUAUUUACGAACGGAAUAUCGCAUAUGUGUGAUGUGUAAAAAUAAAUUCGCGUAUGGAGAUGAACAUGAACGUUUGAGUGGAACGUCUGUCGGUGUGAAUUCGUUUAAAAAGACAAUCCUACAUUAGUGUGAUCGUAUCUGCUGCUGCUCCUCUCAUCUGUGAUGUCUGCUAAAUGCAUUAGAAGCAUUUCGAAGCUGAACUGAACAUUGGAUCCAGGUACAUUGGAUCCCCGGACUGGACUGACUUCGUUCUGUGUUCUCAGCUGAAUUAUCUAGCAGCCUGCUUGACAUGUUAUUGUUCGGGCUCGCAGUACUGGCCUCUGUAGCAUCGUGCGCGUUGGCCGCCAGAGGGCAGGGCUCAUCGGCUCAAUCUCGCCAGGACAGUUCCGGUAAUAACGGGUAUGAAGACCUCGCCCUCUGGAUAGACAAAGAACAAGUCAAAAUGUUUAGCGGUAUGUCAAUAAAAAUCGAUGUGAUAGCCAACGGCAACGUGCAGCCUUACAUUUUGGAACCAAUGUUCGAGCAACAUCUACCCGAAAUACCCUCAGAAGUAAGCUACGUAAAUUUUACUUGGGUUUCUGGCAUGAAGAAGUAUUAUUACCAUUUCGAUAGACUCCACUCGUCGGACGAGAGUAUAUUGGAACCGCCCGUUAUAUCUAUAAAAACCAAAGGACGAGUGCCGCGUAAAGCCAAAGAGUUUAGCGUGCUCUUACCUUGCUCAGGCAACAGGAGCGGCAUAGCGAAGUUCAGCAUCGGCCUCCUGAUCCAGACUCGUCGCGGCCGUCCCGUGCCGGGCACGCCGCUGCGGCUCCAACUGCGCAAAGAGUGCUCGCAGAGAGGUGCGUAUCCCACUGGCUCGCGUGCACUCGCCCGUGCGCCAGGACCAGAUCCUGAAUGCAACAGAAAAUGCGCUAAUCAAGGUUGGUGCAAUAGUGAGAAAAUAUGUCAGUGCCCAGAAGGUUAUAUGGGGCAACACUGCCAGAUAGCUCUUUGUUACCCUCAGUGCAUGAAUGGUGGAAACUGCUCCGCUCCUGGUUUGUGCAGCUGCCCACCGGGAUAUCAAGGAAGACAUUGUGAAGGCGGUAUUUGCACAGAAAAAUGCUUGAAUGGUGGAAAAUGCAUUCAGAAGGACAAAUGUGAAUGCUCUAAAGGAUAUCAUGGCCUACGCUGUGAAUUUUCCAAAUGUGUAAUACCAUGCCUAAAUGGUGGAAAAUGCAGGGAUGUAAAUAAAUGCCGAUGUUUGCCGGGUUACAGUGGUGAUCACUGUCAAAUAAAAAGCUGGAGAGUCCAGUCGCGCAGUGCUUGCCAGCGUUGUGGACAUGGAACGUGCCAGCCCGACAACACUUGCAAAUGUGAUAAAGGAUACUUUGGGCGAUUGUGCAAUCAUAGUGAACACUCUGAUGAGUUCUCAUCAGAAGAAGCGAUUACAAACCGAAAAAGGGGUCCUUCAAAACUUCCAAGAAGAUAAAAAUUUGAAAGUUAUAAGAACUAUUUAAAGAGAAC